CCUCUCUUCUACUCAUGAGUGACUCUAUGUGGCUAACUAUGGUUUUUGCAUGUAGAAUAAGUUGCACUCUUUACAUUUUGUUUAUUUAUUUAGUAUAUUUACAUUUAUUACAUAUAUCUGUCCUAGUUCGAAUGCUUUCUCUAUUUAAUAUCAGUUGUACUGAAUUGCCAUCAUUACUGAGAUAACUACGAUUUCAGAUCUGUUAGGAAUUUCUCUUCUAAAUAAGGUUAAAAAAAAAACGUGCCAUCCCAAAAUGAAGAGUCUCAUAUUAUUGACUGUCCUGUGGCUCAUUUCCUCUGGAGCUCUUUGCCAGCGUUUUAACCCUUGGAGCUCAUCUGGCAGUGAUGAGAGGAUCUAUUGGCCCUAUUUUCCUGGAGGUCAUUAUUAUCAUGUGAGGCCGGUUCGACCCGGACCUCUUUUCCCACUGUGGUCAUUUCAGUGGCCCCUGCUGCUGCCUCGUCCAGCCCCUGCCCCGGCCCCUGCACCUGCACCUGCACCAGCACCAGCACCAGCACCCACACCCAGUCCCCCAGUCACCCCCACCACCAUUCGUGGAGAUGGUGGAAAGUAGAGCAGGGGUUGUUUUGUAAAGUACCCUUGACAUCUCAGUAAUGCUUUCAAUAAAAAUA